AUGAAUAUUGGAAGCUCUAGCCGGAACCCACAUCACGCCACGGAGAUAAACCAGGUGGCUCUCAGGGAAGGACUGGAGUCAAAGGAAAGUGAUGCCAGGCACUCAGCACACGGCAGCACAGGGGGUAGAAGGUCCAGGACUGGCUCCAGAAGGAUGAACCUGAUUCAGGAAUCUGUGUUGCGACAAGAAGUCACAACACAAAGGAGCCAAGACACUCUCAAUAAUAUGACAGCCAUGAUGCAAUGGCAGGUCAACAAGCAGUUCAGGAAGGACCGUGAGGCUGCCAUAGCCAGAAUUCCAAAUCCGGAUGUUGUAGUCCAGCAGCUAGACCUUCCCUAUGGUCCCCUCACCAGGAUUGACAUGGCCAUAUCAAGAGAAUCCUCUUAG